AUGUCCAAACCAGCUGUUGGCUUCGUCGGCCUGGGCGCCAUGGGCUUCGGCAUGGCGACCCACCUCGUGAAGCAGGGCUAUCCGGUGCAUGGUUUCGACGUCUUCCCCGCCUCGGUCGAUCGGUUCAAGGCGGCCGGUGGGAUCCCCGCGUUGUCGCUGCAGGAGUCGGCGAAGGAUAAGCCGCACUAUGUUUGUAUGGUUGCGUCGGCGCCGCAGGCGCAGACUGUUCUUUUUGGCGAGGGGGGUAUUGUUGAGGUCCUCCCCCAAAACGCAACCCUCCUCCUCUGCUCCACCGUCCCGGCCUCCUACGCGCAAUCUGUCGAGGCAGAGCUUCAAUCGCGCGGCCGCGGCGACAUCCACUUCAUCGAUGCCCCCGUAUCCGGCGGCGCGAAGCGUGCAGCCGACGGGACCCUGUCAAUUAUGGCGGGCGCCUCAGAGGCCGCGCUGGAGAGCGGCCGGUUCUUGCUGCAGGAGAUGUCUGACUCUGACAAGUUGUACCUGGUACCAGGCGGUAUUGGCGCCGGAAGCAAUAUGAAGAUGGUGCACCAGGUCCUCGCGGGUAUUCAUAUUCUCGGGGCUAGUGAGGCUCAGGGAUUUGCGGCACAGCUUGGGUUGGACGCUGUUAAGACGGCGGAGGCGAUUAAGGCUUCUGGCUCCCAUACUUGGAUGCAUGAUAAUCGAUUGCAGAGGAUGUUGGAGGAGGAUUGGCAUCCUGGUGCUAGUGCUUUGACUAUUAUUUUGAAGGAUGUGGGCAUUAUCACCACCUCUGCCCGCCAGAACCAGUUCCCCACCCCUCUCUGUUCAACCGCUGAGCAGGUCUACCUGUCUGCAUUGCUGCAAGGCUACGGACCCGUCGACGACUCCUCCAUGGUCCGCCAGUACUACAAGGAGGCCAUUACCUCUGUCUCUACCAAAUCUGCCGAAGAGACUGCCGAAGCCCAGCAGCUUGUCCUCGACGUGAUGGAGGUGACCAAUCUCGUUGCAGCAGCCGAGGCCAUUGGCUUCGCCCGGCACCUCAAGGUCGAUCUGAAGCAAUUCUUCACGCUGGUGAGCGAUGCUGCUGGCGCCAGUCGUCAGUUCAUGAGCAAGGGUCUGGAGAUGAUUGAGGGCAAUGUCGGGAAGAACUCCGAGACUAUCAACGAUGCAAUUGCUCGUCUGGAGAAGGCGGCGCAAAAGGCAAGAGAUCUCCACUGUCCGUUGCAUCUGGGUAAUGCGGCGAUGAAUGUUUUGUUCAUGGCUAAGCGGGCUGGUCUUGGUGAUGAGGGUAGUACUAGUGUGAUCAAGGCUUUUGGUAAUUAG